UAGCUGUGACUAGUGACAUGGGAUCUGCAAACCGAGCACUGUGGAGAAGCUUUGGCCUCAUUACUGGAAGACACUGCAAUACUGUUAGCAAAGUAGUACAUUCUCAAAGUCCAACCAAAUGGUUAUAUUUUCUCACUGAUGUUCCUCACCUAAUAAAGAAUCUUAAGGCAGCUUUGGUUAGUGGCAAAGUCAUCACUCUACCUGAUGAUGUUGUUAAAGCAAACAACUUGAACUGUAGUUUUGUGUCCAUUACAGCUGUAAAAGAUCUAGUAGACUUUGAGAACCAUCAUGAUUUAAAAUUAGCACCAAAGCUAACUAACGCCACUAUUUCUCCAUCACAUUUUGAGAAAAUAAAAGUAUCACAUGCACUGCAUCUGUUUAGUAAGUCAGUGAGAUCUGAACUUCAAUACCUUGUGAAAGAAGAAGGCCGAGGAAACGAAUAUCUUUCUACUGCUUGGUUUCUGGAUGUGUUUAACCGGUGGUUUGAUUUCAUGACAAGCAGGUACCCUGCAGUUGCACUAAGCAGAUUGAAUUGUGAUAAAUAUGAAGAAGCUCUAAUAUUUCUUACGUCUAUUAUCAACUUAGUACAGAGCAUGAAAAUUGGAGAUAAAAAUGACUGGAAACCCGUGCAAGCAGGGAUUAUAAUGUCUACAAACAGUGUUCUUGGUAUCCAAGAGGAGUUACUUUCAAUGGGAUACAAGUUCCUUUUGACAAGCCGUCUUACUCAAGAUUGCCUUGAAAAUCCUUUUAGUUUGGUCAGGCUAAAAAUCCUAUUCCUUCACCACAGGCAUUUAAAUACGCAUUAAAAGUCAUUUGCAUUGCACAGUUCUUGAAACAACCUCAUGCAUAUCAAGGAAACUACCAAGAAGAUGAUAGAGACAUAGCAAUUGACUUUCUUGACCAGCCAUUGAAGCUAGCAAGCACUGAACUGGAUCUGAAAGAUUUAGAAGUGGAAAUAUCAGAAGCAAAUUGCAUAGAUGACAUUCAGAAGGCUGAGUUGAACAGCUUAUAUUACCUUGUAGGAUACUGCCUACACAGCAUAAAGAAAAAUGAAGAAAUCUGCACAGGUUGUUUUGUGGAAGUGACCAGCUGUGAUCUAAGUGAUCAAGACUCAGCAACGUUCACUAUUCUAAAAGAGUAUAAGCAAGGAUGCCUUACUCAGGUAUCAGAGAAAGCAUUCUCUAUGAUGCUCAAAGUAGAAGUCAUGCUAAGAAACUUCGAUGAAUCAGUGUUGAUGACAUCAAAAAAUGUGAAAAGAUUAUUG